UGAGGCCGAGCUCACCGAUGGCGAUGGAGGAGGCGGCGCGGCUGGAGGAGCCGGGACUUGCGGUGGAGACCUCGGAAUCGGACUCGAGCGAUGCGAGCAGCACGGACAGCGGCAGGGAUGUGGCGGACGGGGCGACCACGACCUCGUCCCCGGCGACCCUGGGCACCGCAGCAGACAAACAGCGCGAUCGGGAGCGUGAGGGGGCGCGUCGGGGAGAGGGCAGCCCCGUGAGCCAGCAGCCCAAGAAGGGGGCGCGCACGCGGCUCGGUGCGCCCAGCAAGGGCUACGCCUCGCUGGAGCAGAGGCCCGACGAGAAACCCCCUGGUGGCCAUCGACCUCCGACAGGUGCCGAUCUUUUGCUUCCAGCUCGCACGCGCGCGCAUCAAAUCAACCAGGACCUGAACCGGCAGCUGCUGAAGGACGGGUACCGUCUGGACGAGGUCCCAGACGACGAGGACUUGGACCUCAUCCCCCCCAAACCCAUGAGCCCCGCGUGCGUCUGCUGCCAGCUCGCGUCUCCCUCCACCACGUGCAAUGUGCAGUAG